ACAGAAGAAGAGAAAGACCCAGAAGAGAGCUCGAGUAAAACUGGUAUCCUGGACAUUUGCUUAAUCAAGAAGACAUGGAAAGUGUACUAAAGUGGAUGGAGAAGCUGCUGUUUCUGCUGGUUCUGACCUAUGGUUGUUAUGGUGAACCUCAAGAUCUCUCAGGGAAAAAGUUCAUCAUCCCAGUCGAGACAAGCGACUCGUUUGUAAAACUCUCUGACAACGUCUUAAAGCCUGUUAUUGCUAUGACCAUGUGUCAGAGGUUCUUCACUGAGGUACAACGAGACCAGUCCCUUUUCUCUCUAGCAACCCCCUCUGAUUCCAAAGAUAUCAAUCUGUGUCUGCAAUCAAAGGGUGGGUAUAAACUGAAUAUCAGAGGAAAUUCUGUUACUAUCAACGGUUUGCCAGAAAAUAGAAAUGGAUGGAUCUCUUUUUGUGUCACGUGGGACUCUAAAACUGGUCUCACCCAGAUGUGGGCAAAUGGGAGACGAAGUGCAUCGAAGAUUCUUAAGCCAAAUGGCCCUAUAAAUGGAAAACCAAGUAUAAUCUUAGGUCAAAACCAAGGCAGUUAUGGUGGAGGUUUUGUAGCAUCACAAUCCUUUGUGGGGGAUGUUACUGAUGUACACUUCUGGGACAGUGUCAUCUCUCCUUGCCAAAUCAAAUUGUAUAUGCAAGGGAAAAACUUUACUCCAGGAAAUAUUCUCAACUGGAAAGCAUUGGAGUUCACUACUGGGGGAGGGGUGUUCAAGGAGAUAAGUGACUAUACCUGUUAGCAAUACAUUUGUACCCGGUAUUGUUCAUGUUUUACAAAUGAUGAUGACAGUAAUCAUAAUACAUUUUAUGUUCAUAGCAGCUUUCCCUUUAAAAGCUCUGUUACGAAUCAAUAUCCCAUAUUUUUAUGUUCCUGAGUACUCAUUUAAUAGAAAAGAAUAGUGCAAUAAAGUUUCAAUAAUUUCUCAU